CAAACCGGGACCAGCUGUCAGCCAGAUUGUUACCGUUACCGGCCAGUGUAACCUCAUCACUGCUGUCAUCUUCUCACGGAUUAAAAUGUCGGCCGUUUCCCGGGAUGUUAACAUGUUCUGAUUCUGCCUGCGAGCGAUGAAUGAACCGAGCGCCGAGCGGACUGGACCGGCGGAGGUUCUGUUGACUUCGGGCUGCUCGGAGGAGGAUGGAGCCGAGGCUGAGCGGGGAUGGCAAGCCGUCCGUGUCCUGGAUCCUCGGCCCUGCCCUCGUCCUCUCCGUCCUGGCUGUGGUGGUGAGCUGCCACGGGACGUGCAGGCACCGAGUCCCCGCUCCUGAUGAGGUCCACCAUGUUUACCUGAAGCCCGAGCGUCUGACCAAGAGGAGUUCUCCUGAAAACCUCCAGCUGAAGAUCAAAAUCAUCUACGACUACAGCGUGGACCUACUUCCUGCUGAUAAGAGGAGACUGGUGAAGGAUAAGCUGUUUCCUCAGGCCAUCGAUUACCUGCAGAGAGCCUUCAGCGUGAGACGCAGAGUCGGGCCUGUGCUGCUCAGCAGACAAUGUGCGACCAAUCAGUACCUGAGGAAGAGAGAUGACCCUCAUCGUUACUGUCAGGGCGCCUGUGCAGACGUCACACGCUGUGGCCCUGUCAUGGUACCACAGCACCACCUGCAGCAAUGUAAGGUCUGCAGUGAAUCAGGGAAGUCAUGCGGCCCCUCAGGGCCCCCGGACGGCCCCGGGGUGGAGGGGUCAGACUUUGUGCUCUAUGUCAGCGGCAUCACUACGGAGCGCUGCGGACAGGAGAACAUCGUGGCCUACGCCGCGUACUGCCAGCUAGAGGCGGAGCUUGACAGACCAAUAGCCGGCUACGCCAACCUGUGUCCCACCAUGAUCUCGUCUCAGCCUCAGGAGUUUGAAGGGAUGCUCUCCACCGUCAAACACGAGAUCAUCCACGCUCUGGGCUUCUCAGCUGGUCUUUUUGCCUUUUAUCACGACGAUGACGGUAAACCCCUGACUCCUCGCUUCACCAGCGGUCUGCCCGCCUUCAAUGAGAGCCUGGGUCUGUACCAGUGGAGCGAGGCCGUGAUCAGGCGGGUCAGCCGGCUCUGGGACAUCAGAGGAGGAUCCAUGGUGCGACACCAAGUCCACGUCCUUGUCACUCCUCGAGUUGUGGAGGAGGCCAGGAGACAUUUCAACUGUCCCAUCCUGGAGGGGAUGGAGCUGGAGAACCAGGGUGGGACAGGGACUGAGCUGAACCAUUGGGAAAAGAGGCUGCUGGAGAACGAAGCGAUGACGGGCUCCCACACGCAGAACCGCGUGUUCUCUCGGCUCACGCUGGCCAUCAUGGAGGACAGCGGCUGGUACCGAGCCAACUACAGCCUGGCUCAGCGGCUGGACUGGGGGCGUGGCCUCGGCUGUGACUUUGUCAUGAAGAGCUGCAAGUUCUGGAUGGACCGACAGCGACAGAGGCGGCACGCUGUGACUCCUUUCUGUGACACGGUGCGGGCGUCUCCUCUGCAGCUUACUUGCAGACAGGACCAGCUGGCUGUGGCUGUCUGCAACCUGCAGAAAUAUCCACAGGAGCUGCCCAUAGAGUACCAGUAUUUUGACAGGAUCCCAGAGGUGUCAGCUGAUGAGCUGUCGAUGUUUGGCGGUGCGGUGGAGAUAGCUGAUUUCUGUCCGUUCAGUCAGGAGUUCAGCUGGCAUCUGAGCGGAGAAUAUCAGAGGAACUCGUACUGCCGAGUGAGCGAGAACCAGCCGGACUGGUGGAGGAACUACGGGGCGGAGCAGUACGGUCCAGACUCGGUCUGUCUGUAUCAGAAGUCUGCGUUCGUCAUGGAGCAGUGCACCAGAAAGAUGACGUACCCAGACUGGGGCUCCGGCUGCUACAAGGUGCUGUGCUCGGCUCAGGGUCUGACUGUCUACGUGCAGGACCAAUCCUUCCUCUGCCUCCGUAAAGGUCAGCUGCUGAGCAUCAGCGUGCGGAUCAAUGACUGGGUUUAUAACGGUGUCCUCGUCUGCCCCGCCUGCACCGACUUCUGUGAUGAUUGUCCCCUCCCUCACCAGAUCCCGCCCACCAAUGCCUCCAGGAGCAACCCCAUUGACCCGUGCUCCAGCUCUCCAGGUUUGGCCUUCACGCUGUGGCUCCUGCUGCUCAACCUGCUCCCUCUAGUGGCCGGACUGCUGCUCUGUGACUGCAGCUGAUACACAUAUGACUGGACAGGAAGCUGGACUUUUGACAGGCCUCCACACUACACUCCUUCUACCACCAGAUCCAGAAGCCUCCUCUCUUUUUCUCUAUCAUUCCCUCCUCAGGUCCUUCCCUCCUCUCAUCAUUCCUCAGACGACUGUUUCUUCACCUCUCCUCCGUCAGGGAUCUUUCAGCUGAAGCUGCGUUCAGGUGUCAGCUCAGCAUUAAAACAGUGGAUCACUCCUCCAGCUUUACACCAGUCUGAUCCCUCAGAAUGAACCUCCAGCUUUGGUUCCUCCUGCUUAAUUUAAACCAAGAUUUAAACUCUAUACUGUAGCACCAAACACGACGGAUCACUUCCUUUUUACCUUUGAAUUUAGAUGACGAUCUAGAGGAAAGCAUCUCCAAUUUCACCAACUUGAAGAUGAUUUUGUUGUUUUCUGUGGCUCCAUUUGAGCCAAACCAGGAGGAAACAUUUGAAAUUUUCACCUGGUGCUCACUGACUGUAAGAAGAAGGAUUCAGAAAUUGUCAGUCUUGAAUGUUUGCACACGUUCAAUGCUUCAAACACUCAGACUUUUCAUGUGAAAGGCUGCUGCAGUUCCUCUCUGCAUUAGGAUGGGUGCAGCGUGGUGACAUCUGGUGUCUGCAGGAGGUAACUGCUCCUAUUUUUAAACUUUUACACCUAAACUGGUCGUGUAAAUAGAAUUAAGAGACUUUCCUUAGACACAUUUGCUGUUUUUAAGGGAACUAGGGGCGGGGUUUAGCUCUGACUUAGGUGGGAUGGAUCUGAGACAGCAGCAGAGAUGUGACCGGAAGGUGUUUUUAUUUAAACUUCACAGUUUUAUCUGAUUUCCUCCAUGACAAACAGUAGCAUAUUUUGGUGCUCAAAUGUCAAAGUUAAGUUUUUACAUCCGCUUUGGCUCAAAUAUCUCUCUAAACAUGAUAACACACAACAUUGAAAGACACCCCUAGCAUGGACGGAGCAAAGUUAGAGACGACAGCAGAUUAUUUUAGAUGAGGAGGCAGACAGGAGAGGAAGAAUAAGCCAUGGAAACAAACAUCUGCACAACUGUCAGCCAAUCAUGAAGAGGUGUCGGGUUCCAGAUGAAGACCAAGCCAUAGUUUGAUGGAGAUGAUGCUGAAAUUGAUCCACAGUUUCAAAAGGAUCUUGAGAAAGUAGCUCCAAACAACACUCGCUUUUUGACUGUUAUUUUUAAUUCCCCUGCAGAGAUGUUAAAUUCACAGCACGAUGUCUCACUACAGUGUUAAAGCUCAGUCCCAGUCGCUCCUUGGCCCCUUCCUCUUAGCCCUACUCCCGUGUUCAGUGAGUAGGGUGUCCUCAUUCUUGCUGAUGGAGGGUGAAGUGAGCAAGGCUGGACAGACAUAAGUAAAUCCUGUUAAUGCGUCUUAGAACCCCAGAGUCUGUUCUGAAGGGAAGCUGAACUUGAACCUGACAUGUAGGCAGAGAAACUAGAAAUGGGACUGAGCCAACAGGACGUAGCGGCCUGUUAUUUUUCUCGCUUUUCAUUUAUUCUGAGGGAGAUGAGAUUAUUGUGAACAAGCGAAUGCAGAAUUGUAACGGUCUAAUGGGAAUGGUAUUAUUCUCUUAAACCAAACUAAAGAAACAGGAAAAAAUGAUAAAAAAUGUCUACAAACCAGAGCUAAAAAAAAAAAAAAAAAAGUUAUUUAUUAAGUCUUUUUCUAUUCAGGUUCUUAAACGUUAAUGUGAUGAUUGUUUGAAAUAUUUCAGAAAAUGUAUAAAUCUUUGUGAUGACAGGCAGCUGCUCCUAUUUCAUUUGUUUUACAGGGAGUUUUUAUGUUUUUUGAUUCUGAGAUAAAACCAUGGGAUCUACAGUGCUUUAACAGAUUUAUUAGACCACCUGUCAUAUUUAUCUCAAAGACCAUCCAGCAUCAUGAAGUGCUUUAAUGCAGACUCUUUCUUUUUCAGUCA